UUUUUGCUGAUCCCCAGCUAAUUUCAAUUUCCUAAUUUAAUUUCAUGAGAAAGGUAAACUCGUUUUGGGAUGUUCUCUCAUCUUUACUGACAUCAGCCCUUACAGCGGCGCGCGUCGGGGAGCGCGCUCGAGCCUCCAAUUAUCUCUCACGCGCUGGAGAUCUCAGCGUGCGAGGCAGCCAGGGCAUCUCCUAUGAUCCGCUUCUUCACCCGUCUCCUGCUCAACGGACAAAUACACGGAGGCACUGUGUUUGAAGAUGGAGGCUCCUGGCUGGUGUUUUCUCUUAUCCCUGCUCCUCAUCACACUGUUUCAAACCUCACAUGGCUCUGAGACCCCAUCUGCAAAUGCCAAGUGGAGUCUGAUCUGGUCCUCCACCUCCAUCACCGACUCCAUGCAAGACCCUGAGAGGGGACUUCCUCACAGCAACCACCAUAGGAGACGAGGGUCACGUGAAGACAGGGAUAGUGCUGGGCUGCUCUCCCGGAGGCCUGUGUCCUGGCCGGAGGAUGAAGGGCAGAGUCUAGAGGGUUUGAGGUCUGUAAGGCUGGAGUUGGGGCCUGGGGACUGGAUGGGGACAGGGGGUCAGGACAGAGGUCCUGGUCAUAUUCGGCGAGGUAAUAAUCCAACAGAGGGAGAGUUUACGCGUAAAGGCAGGAGACACAGUCACGGGCAUCUGGCUGAACACAGGAAGCAGGGAGGCAGAAGAGACAAAGGCCGAGCUAAAGGGGUUUCCUAUGACCCUGAACCACAAUUAGGCUCAUUGUUGAAGGACAUGGAUGCAUUUGAGGAUGUUUCCUACACCUCCCUGCCCAAUCAUGACACUGCCCCACCCACUGACACUCCCUCCCCUGUCUCACCCAUUUUGGUAACCACGGCAAUCAACGAGAAUCACCCAACACUGGCCCCAGCCUCCACCAAACCCCAGAAGUCAGGCCAUGGGAAAACCCAAGGGGAGGUGAUGCCCACCCUAGACAUGACGCUCUUUGACUGGACCGAUUAUGAAGAUAUGAAGCCUGUUGACUCUUGGCCAUCCAGCAAAAGAAAAGAUAAACGGCGCAGCAAAAACAAGAGCAAUGGAAACUCAACGUUUGAUGCUGAUGUCAUCGAACCAUGUGACCAUCAUCUCGACUGCCUCCCUGGUUCCUGCUGUGACCUCAGAGAACACGAGUGUAAACCUCACAACCGUGGCUUGAACAACAAGUGUUAUGAUGACUGCAUGUGUGAAGAGGGUCUGCGCUGUUACGCCAAGUUCCACCGCAAGCGAAGGGUGACCCGAAGACGUGGCCGCUGCGUGCAACCGGAAAGAGCCAACAGCGACCAAGGAGCCUUCAUCACCAUCUGACAUCGUAUAUAGAGAGAUAAUGAAAGAAUGACUGAUGAGAAAGAUAAUAAUAAUAACAUCCACAUUCUCAUCCUCCCAUGGACUGCAAGAUAAACUGAGCUCAGCCUGAACAAGAGAUCAGGUCAAAGUUAAAAGCUCCUCAAAAUUAGCUGGCACUCAACCCACAGUAUAAAUGUACAUAUACAGAUCUGUCAUAAGUUACAUGUGCAUUGUGUAGCCUAACUGUUACCUGUGUUUCUCAACUGGUAGGUUGCAACCCAAAAAUUGGUCAUAGGUCUAUUUUGAUAGGGUCGAAAACAGUGCUAAAUGCAAAUAAAAAAAUGCAACUAACAGUGCAUAGUUAGAAUAGCAGAAAUAAAUAGGCUUAUCGAUAGGCUUAAUAGGUCCAAAUAAUAAAAAAUAAAAAAAUAAUACAAAUAAAUUAAUACAUUUUUUGUUGCGUCCACUGUAUUUUGGAGCAAAAUCAUCUGUCACUAGAUUAUACUAGUAUAUUAUGUGGCUCAGUGUUUGUUCCAUAGGUCAGGCUGGUAAAUCACACUUCUGCUGUUGUUAAUGCGUUUAUAACAUUUUCAGUUUUCCUGUUCAGUCUAUGUCAUGGUAAUAAUUUUGCAUAUUGUUGGACCUAUGCAGUUGCUUGGUAAAAAAUGAAAAUAAAUAAAUCUAUGUUUGAUUUUAUUUACAUUUUUUGUUUACUUUUGUAUGAUUUUUGUACUGUGUAGAGUUGUCACUUGAUGUCCAAUGUAAAAUCUGGGUCCUGAAGCACAACCAGUUGAGAACCACUGACCUGUACUGUACAGAUGAAUUUGUGUCUAAAAGGAAGUUUUUUUUCUUCUACUGAUUAAUCUCAUUGACUACUACUCUUGUAUUCUAAAUGAAGCUGAAUUGUUUGGUUUGAUUUGUAAUAUAUGCUUUAUGUAUUCUAGUACCAAACCGCUUUCUUUAUUGAGAGAUGUUAUUGUGAACUGGAAAUGUGCUCUUUAACAAUGGCUGUGUCGUGACAGAAUGAUGGAUUGAUGAAUGAGUAUCUGUGAUGGGUUAAAGGAAUAGAGGUGGACAGAAGAGAGUGAAGGAGAGAUGGAUGACUUGUCAGUUUAAAUCGCUGUGCUUCUUUAGGGUGCGACACACCUCUGUGUCCCAUCAACCGUUUAAGAGAGUUUUACGUUAGCAGGGCUGUAGAAUUGCCCUAGUCUUUGUAAAGUCCUAUAAAUCUACAUUCUGUCACAUUGUUUUCCACUUGAGACUUCUCUAGCUCCACAAAAUAUAAAUUAUUUUUAACUGAAAUGCCAGAGAAAUAAACUUCUCGAUGUUACGAUCCUAACAGUAUUUUUUUUAAUGUUUUUUAUUUUACAGAUAGAUGUUCUGCAACAAUUCCACACUUUUUUUUAAGAACACAGGCGAGUGCUCAAAAAAGGGGGUGUGCAAAGACAACAGUUAUGUUUGGAAUGGAAUACUAUCUUAAGCGGGGUGGGGGGGGGGCACAUUCUAAAUCUCAUCAGCCUCUCUUCACAAUAUGACAGUUUUAAAUCAUUUUUGAUAAUAUGUGAAAAGUAUAUGUGAUUUUUUUUUUUUUUUAGAAUAUGUGAAAUAAUUUGAAAGCAUAUCAACUUAACUUUUAAGAACCUCAGCAUUUUUUUAAUUUUAGAUCUUUAAUAAUUACAACUGAAAUGUAGCAACCAUGUAUGAAUGAAAAUGUUCAUAUUAAA